UUGAUAAUUUGGUCUCUCCCUCUCGGUUGUGCCGCCUCUAUCUCUGAAAACAUGCCUCGCCGGAGCUCUGGUGGAAGAUCUGCACCACGUCCUGCUCCUCGUCGAGCUCCACCUCCAGCUCCUGUAAACCAUGCCCCGCCCCCAGCUCCUGUCCAAAGCAGUGGUGGGGGAUCUAUGCUUGGAAACAUAGGAUCAACCAUAGCUCAAGGCAUGGCUUUUGGUACUGGAAGUGCUGUGGCACAUAGGGCUGUUGAUGCCGUCAUGGGUCCUCGCACCGUUCAGCAUGAAAUGGUCGGAGGUCCAGCACCCGAUGCUUAAGCACCCACAACCAACAGUGUUGGUGGCUCUGAUGCUUGCGGCAUGCACACUAAGGCUUUCCAAGACUGCUUGAAUAGCUCCGGAAAUGACAUUAGCAAGUGCCAAUUCUACAUGGAUAUGCUCUCCGAGUGCAGAAGGAACUCAAUGCUGAAUGCCUAAGCCUGAAACUUUUUUACUGCUGUUCUGAUAAUCAAACUGCUAUGAAAUCUCCCUCCAUGAUUAUGGGGCAUUUGAUGCUACUAUUAUACAAUC